UCAUAUUAUGGCUCGAACAAGCAAGAUAAGGCAAUAGGAUGGUGGGAGAGGGGAGGGGGGCUUCUCUGCCAAGGUGGCAUCCCCAAGUCAUGGAAAGAGGCAGAAGAACAUUGGGACAAAAAGAAACAGAAAUACGAAGACACUGAGAGUGAAACAUCUUUCAACCUAAUAUCAGAAAAAUGUGACAUUCUAUCCAUUCUUCGGGAUCAUCCUGAAAAUAGAAUUUACCAGAGGAAAAUCCAGGAACUCAGCAAAAGAUUUACCUCAAUCCGAAAGACCAAAGGAGAUGGGAACUGCUUCUACAGGGCCUUGGGAUAUGCCUACCUGGAGUCUUUGCUGGGCAAGAGCAGAGAGAUCCUCAAGUUCAAAGAGCGUGUGCUACAGACCCCAAAUGACCUUCUGGCUGCCGGCUUUGAGGAACACAAGUUCAGAAACUUCUUUAACGCUUUUUACAGUGUGGUAGAGCUGGUAGAGAAGGACGGCUCCGUGUCCAGCCUGCUGAAGGUGUUCAAUGACCAAAACUCCUCGGACCGGAUCGUGCAGUUCUUGCGCCUGCUCACAUCGGCCUUCAUUAGGAACCGAGCUGACUUCUUCCGACAUUUCAUUGAUGAGGAGAUGGACAUCAAAGACUUCUGUACUCACGAAGUGGAGCCCAUGGCCAUGGAGUGUGACCACGUCCAGAUCACAGCUCUGUCACAGGCACUGAACAUUGCUCUGCAGGUGGAGUAUGUGGAUGAGAUGGACACGGCUCUGAACCACCACGUGUUCCCUGAGGCUGCCAUCCCUUCCGUUUAUCUGCUCUAUAAAACAUCCCACUACAACAUCCUUUAUGCAGCUGAAAAACACUAAUUUUAGGCCAUGCCGGAGCCUAUCAUCUAAUGGACUGCAUUCUGAAUGGAACAUUCUGCCUUGGCCAUUUUUUAAUUGACUUAGACAACUAGAAAACAUACAGCCUUUUGGGUAAAGCCACUCAACUGAGA